CUUCUCUCUUCAUUUUAUAAAUCUCUCUCUCCCAUUCAUCCUCAAAUCAUUCAUUCUAAAACAGAUUUUGAAUCUUCAGCAAUGGCGUUAGCUGUUACCUCUAGCUCCAUUGCAAUUUCAUCGUCUUCUUCUUCCUCGUUGCGUGCAGAACAAGUGGUUCAGUUGAAUACGACGACGUUUCAGCCGUCUGAUCGGGCUCAUCUGGUAUCACCGACGAUUUUGAGUUUAUCUGUGAAACGAUCUGUUGUUGUGAAGGCGUUGAAUCCUGAAUCUAGGAGGAAUGACGCGAUUGUUACGUCAGCUGCCACCACUUUUGCUCCAGAUGUGAUGGAGAAAUCAGUAGAAGUUGAGGACUUUGAAAAAUUAGCUAAAGACCUUGAGAAUUCUUCCCCACUUGAAAUCAUGGAUAAAGCCCUUGAGAAAUAUGGCAAUGAUAUUGCCAUUGCCUUCAGUGGUGCUGAAGAUGUUGCUUUGAUUGAGUAUGCACACCUCACAGGCCGACCGUAUCGCGUAUUUAGUCUCGAUACCGGGAGAUUAAACCCGGAAACAUACAAGUUCUUUGACGCGGUCGAAAAACAUUACAACAUCCGGAUCGAAUACAUGUUCCCAGAUUCCGUAGAAGUUCAAGCCUUGGUUAGAACCAAGGGUCUGUUCUCAUUUUACGAAGACGGGCAUCAAGAAUGCUGUCGAGUGAGAAAGGUUAGACCGUUGCGACGCGCUUUGAAGGGGUUACGAGCAUGGAUCACCGGUCAACGAAAAGACCAGUCACCCGGGACGCGCUCACAAGUCCCCGUGGUUCAAGUAGACCCGGUUUUUGAAGGGUUAGAUGGUGGGUCAGGGAGCUUGGUGAAAUGGAACCCUGUGGCUAAUGUUGCUGGUAAUGAUAUUUGGAACUUCUUACGAACCAUGGAUGUCCCGGUUAACUCGUUGCAUGCUCAAGGGUAUGUUUCCAUCGGGUGCGAGCCGUGCACCAGGGCCGUGUUGCCCGGUCAACACGAGCGGGAAGGAAGGUGGUGGUGGGAGGAUGCGAAGGCGAAGGAAUGCGGGUUACAUAAAGGAAACAUCAAAGAGGAAUCGGUUAAUGCGAAUGGGAAUGAUACCCUUCAUGCUAACGCAAGUGUUUCGGAUAUCUUUAAUAGCAAUGACAUCUUGACUUUGACCCGACCCGGAAUGGAAAACUUGCUCAAAAUGGAAGGCCGAAAAGAUCCAUGGAUAGUUGUUCUUUAUGCACCUUGGUGCCAAUUCUGUCAGGCCAUGGAAGCCUCUUGUGUUGAAUUGGCGGAAAAGUUGGGUGGGAGUGGCAUGAAGGUCGGGAAAUUUAGGGCGGACGGUGAUGAAAAGGCGUUUGCGCAGCAAGAAUUGCAGUUAGGGAGUUUUCCGACCAUUCUUUUCUUUCCAAAACACUCGUCUAGACCGAUCAAGUAUUCUUCCGAGAAGAGGGAUGUCGAUUCGUUGAUGGCUUUCGUGAAUGCGCUCCGAUGAUAAAUAGUUCGAGUUUGAUGGGUGUAGGUUGUGUAUUUAUGUAGACAAUGGUCUGUUUUAGUGAGUGUGGGCUAAGUCCCGCUAUUUGGGUUGUUGGAAGUUUUGAGCAUCACGGAAUUAAGUGGAGGAAUAAAAUUGCAAUUUUUAUAUGACCA